GGUGGGGAUGGUGGGUCAUUAACCAGUGACAAUCACGCUGGAGCGAGCCCUCUGUGCCUGGCAGAACCCGCCCUCCUCAGAUGCCUCUUGGGCUCCUGUCCCACAUGUUCCAGGGAGGUGGUUUAGAGGAGGCCAGAAUGCCAGCGUCCCCCUCAGUCCAGUCCCACCAAGGAGCCAGAGGUCAGGGGACUGGUCAGUCCACCCUGCUGGGCUGCGAUGUGGAAGCCCCACCCAUCCUGCAGGCAGGCAGGAGACCCCCACUGUUUCACCCACUGUAGGCUCUGCUCAAGGCACAGGGGGGACCAACCCUCUUCACCCCGUCCCCCACCAGGAAAUGUGUGUCCCAACACGGGCCAGCCGGGGGUGAGCUGCCCGAGGCCAUUUCUCGCCUCCCUUCCCAGCAGAGCGACCUGCAGCUCCUGCAGCGCCCUCCCUGGGCGCACCCUAUCUAAGGGACUGGAGCCCACGGGAGCCCUGUUCGUUGCUAUGGAAACAAACACAUCCAGGGCACAGCCCCCAGACAGGAAGGGUCAACUCAGGAGACACAGUGUUUUCCAGGUGCUACUGCCUCUUGCUGCUGCCUCUGCCCAAAACCUUUGGCCCCCAUCCCAGCGCCAGAAGCAGAGGUGGAACCGGUCCCCGAGGCAGCUGAGGACCGGGCCAUGUGCUUGGUAUUGUGCAGGGACUCCAGUCCGGCCUGAAGUCAGCCCGACCCGAGAAGCCCACGAUCGCCGGGGAAGCUCCCCACUGUCGUCUCCUGGCAGCUCCAUGCCCAACCAUCCACACGCAGCCGGGAUGCUCACGCGGCCACGUCGUGAACCUCAUCUCGGCCUCGCCGAGCCUCUGCCAACAGGGGGCGCUGCAGGAGGCUUCGCGGUCGCAGGGUCUCCUUCCUGUCCGUUUCCGGCGGUUUUCCAGCAAACUUCCUGCGCUCUUCCGGAAGUCGAGGGUGGUUCUCGGAACUUCCGGUGGACUCCCAGAGGGUGUCCGACGGACUUCCCGUGCGAUCGGGCGGGGUUCCAUUCAGUGUGCGGUCCUGGAGCGUCAUCCCAGCCUGGCCUCAGGCAAUGGAAGAUGGUUAGAGCCUUCCCUGUCUCAGACACUGCAUUACUUCAUCCAGCACCAGGACUGUCACAGAAAAAGUGUUCAAUAAAUGUCCAGUCGAUGUCAAAAAUUACCAGGACCUGAGGGAUCCCCACACCUUUCCUACAGCCUGUGGUCUGCAGAUUGUGGACUCUUCCCGUCCAGCCUGUCUGCCGGCGACCAGGACCAGAUCCUCCGAGGGAGACACAGACCUGAACCCCUCCGGCCUGGACGCUGCUGGUGCCCUCCCCAUAACCUCCUGCCCCAGAGGCAAGGGAGGAGGAGAUGGGAGAACAUGGAGGCGAGAGGGAGGAGGUGAAGGCGACCAGGACGACAGUAACUGGAGGCCGAGCAGCAGCAAUGGCAACCUGGGGCUGGAUCCUGUGAGACCUUCCCUGACUCAGUGCCCCACAGUGCCCCGCAGUGCCCCACACUUGGGACACUCCCACACAGCAGAGCAGGCUUCCUCCUCCACACAGAGAUGAGGAAACUGAGGCAGCCUACGGUGGUUAAGUGACUCACCUGGGAUGCCCCACUGCUGGCUUUUCUACCUUUCUGAAGACCUGACUCACUGCCCUGGAGACCCAAGGGUAGCCUUGGGCCCUGCCCGAGAUGCCACUGUCCCUGAGAUGGGGUGGCCAGGAAGACCGCCCUGAGGAGAAGGGCCCAGGAGGAGCAGGGGGAAGCCCUGAGGACCUGGAUGAAGAUUUCCUGGCACAAGUCCUGGAGAAAGGCCCCAGAGACCAGUUCCCUCAUAACCAGGGUGUAGAGGGUAGAGUCUCUGAAACGCCACAGGGGAGAGACCUUGGCAUGAUUCAACGUUCACUCAACAAAAUAUUUACUGAGCGCCUGCCAGUGCUAGACCCACACACUGGCCAGCAUCCCUGCCUGUGCAAGAGUCAGAUGAGCCGCAUGCCCCUGCCACCCACUCCCCGCUCCCUGCCAGCCUGGCCUCAGGGCCUCUGAUCCAUGUGCACUGGGGCAGUGAUGACUGGCAGGGCCACUGGGGCAUUUCUGGGCUAACAGCAGCUGCCACUGGUGAAAGAAGUGACUCACUGAUGGUGGCAUCUCAGAUGUGGGCCCAGGAGUCCGGGGAGCUACUUUUUUUAUUUUUCUUUUUUGAGAUAGAGUCUUGCUCUUAUCGCCUUGUUGCCCAGGCUGGAAUGCAAUGGCACAAUCAGGGCUCACUGCAACCUCCGCCUCCUGAAUUCAAACAAUUCUCCUGCCUCAACCUCCCAAGUAGCUGGGAUUACAGGCACCCAUUACCACACUUGGCUGAUGUUUGUAUUUUUAGUAGAGACGGGGUUUCACCAUGUAGGCUGGUCUCAAACUCCUGACCUCGUGAUCCGCCCGCCUCAGCUUCCCAAAGUGCUGGGAUUACAGCCGUGAGCCACCACCCCCGGCUCUGUGGAGCUGCUUUGAACAGGGCUACCCAUUCAUUGCCCCACCAAAGACUACGGAGUCCACCCACCAGGUGCUGGAGUUAUCAAGGAAAAUAAGACAGCCUCCUUGCCCUCCUUAACUCAGUCAACAAGCAUUUGCUGAGCACCUCCUGUGUGCCAGCACUGUCCUGAGUGCUGAGAUUCGGCAGUGAGCAGACGAAAGCCACAUGGACAUCGGAUGAAACAGAGAAUUUUAAAAAGUCACUAAAUCGUUUCGCUCUAUGGAAAACAGCACGGAGAUUUCUCAAAGAACUGAAACUACAGCAGCCAUUUGACCAGCAACCCCGCUGCUGGGCAUCCACACACAGGAAAAGGAGUCAUUAUACCACAGAGACACCCGCACUCGCGUGUUCACAGCAGCAGAGCCGUGAAAUCCACCUAAGUGUCCAUCAACAGACACUGGAGGCUUGGAACCGUGGGAGGGGGCGAGGGAGGAGAAAUUACGUAUUGGAUCCACCGUUCAUGAUUUGGGUGAUAGACACUCACAGCCCAGACUUCACACUACACAAUCUAUCCACGUAACAAAAAUGUGCUUGCACCCUCUAAAUUUUUUUUUUCUGAAAUGGAGUCUCACUCUGUCACCUCGGCUGGAGUGCAGUGUGGCAUGAUCUCGGUUCACUGCACCCUCCACCUCCUGGGCUCAAGCAAUUGUUGGGCUUUAGCCUCCCGAGUAGCGGGGACCACAGGCGUGCACCACAGCACCUGGCUAAUGUUUGUAUUUUUAGUAGAGACAGGGUCUUGGCAUGUUGGCCGGGCUGAUCUGGAGCUCUUGACCUCAGGUGAUCCACCUGCCUUGGCCUCCCAAAGUGCUGGUGUGAGCCACUGCACCUGGCCUAAUAUCUUCCAAAUAUAUAAAAAACAUUUUUUUUAAUCAUUUAGGUUUGGCACAGUGGCUCAUGCCUGUAAUCCCAACACUUUGGGAGUCUAAGGCAGGACGAUCGCCUGAGCCCAGGAGUUCAGCACCAGCCUGGACAAUGUAGUGAGAUCCCCUCUCUAUAAAGUUUUUAAAAUGUUUUAAUCAUUUAGUCUAAUAGCUGAUGAAGUCAGUGGGGGAAACUGAAGCAGACAAGAGGCAUGGGGUCGGGGUGGGUGAGGAUGGAGGGACACAGUCUUAAGCGGCCCCAGCAGUUCUUCCCAGUGAGGGCAACAUUUGAGCAGAGACUGAAGAUAGGAGAGAGCUGUGUGGAGCACUUGGGGGACUGCUCCAGCCCCAGGACAGUAAAGGCCAAGGCCAGGAGGUGUGGCCCCAGGUGGGAGGCCCCGGGGUGCAGGGAGAGAGUGGCAGAGGAGGUGAAGCUUGCAAGUCCUUUGGCUUCAUCAGGGAACUGGAGCCCCUCCAGUUCUGGCUGCAUUUCAGCAGGAUCCCAGCAGUGGCCUCAUUAACCUGGCUGAUUAUGUCACUGCACUAUUGCAGCCUGGGCAACAGAGUGUGACCCUGGUGGUGGGGAGGCCAGGGUGAAGCAGGGCUACCCGUCACACCCAGGAGACAGAAGAUGAUGUGGGGAGAAGGAUGGAUUCUAGAUCUUUCUCUGAGGCCAAGCAGACAGGACAAAGGACCAAGGGCUGAUGCAGUGGGGGCAGUGGCUGCCUGGGGCGAGGGUUGGGGGGCAGGAUCAGGAGUGACUCUGGAUCUGUUUAGCUGGAGACGAGGUCCAGGGCAGGUGAGCUCAGGGCAGAGGUCCCGCUGGAGGGAAACGUGGCAUCUGGAGCCUGGGGGCGGAUUUAAAGUCCAGAGGCUGUUGAGGUGACCAACGAGCGGGUGACAUUUUCCAUCGUGGACAGCCAGAGUCCCACACACCUCACUCACUCACCUGCAAACACAACAGGACUUGGACUGCCAAAAAGCAGAGAUGCAGGCGGCCAGGGGACCCGUAGAGAGUGUCCCAGGCUGAGGGAGCCCCUGCAGGAACUGGCCAUGUGACUCUGGCACAGGGGCUGGGUGCUUGGGCUGAGGUCCUCCUGGGCCCCAUGGAGAAGCCUCUGCUUAAGGGCAGGGGCAGGUACUGUCCAUUGCAGCAGAGUCGAGCUGGGAUCCGACAGUUAGAGGCAUGGAGGGGACUCAGGAGGCUGGUGGGGAGGAGGGUGAGGGCUGGCUGUGGGCAGGGUUUUCCUGGGGUGCUAAUGGUUUUGAGAAAUCUGGCCUGUUUGGCCCCUGGGAUGCUGCAGGACCUGCUGAGGUGACACUGCUCACCAGCUGGCAUUUCGCCACCUUCCCAUGGGGAUGUCCCUCCAUCUGAUCAGGCUUCUGAGCUGCCCCGGAAACCUGUUUCCUUCCUCACCUGCAGCACUUAGGGCUUCCCUGCCUCUCGGAGACUCGGGUCAAACUGGGUUCCAGCCCAGUCCUAGGCCCCAGAGUCCUCCCUACCGUUCCCAUGCCCCUUGACCUCACAUCUUUCUCUGCUUCCACCAUGGGCUCCUUGAGGCCUCAGCUCUGUCCAUCUCAGUCCCGGCCCCCAGGCUCUGCCCCUCCUCCCCUUCCACCAGAAACCCAGCCUGGAUUUCCCACAGCUCAGCAGCUUCCUGAAGCCCCAGGGAGAUCCAGAGGAUGGCCUGAAGUCGCCCAUCAUGUGUCCAGUACGUCUAAAGCGAGACUCAAGCAGCCCAGCAUCCUCUGUCUCUACCUGGGACCAGCCAGAACUGACUCCUGCUGCAUCUCAAAGCCCCAACGCUGAGAGCUCGGUCGGGAGGAAUUGCGCCUUCCAUUGCCCGGAAGCAGGGAGGGUGGGAAGGACGGGACAGAGCCUGGGCAGCUGGAAUACAGCCCAUGGGAAGAGUCAAAGUGGGGAACUGGGCAAGCGGGACCAGGUGACCCCCUGGGUGCCCGUCUCAAGGCUGGGCAGCUCCUACACUGUCUGUGACUCAUCGGUGACGCAGAGGAAGGGCAGGACCUCAGAGUCCUGAGAUCAGAGGUCACAGUGGGGCUGUCUAUGGGCUUCAGAGAGUCUGCAGAUCAGGAGAGGAGAUGGCUGACCAUACAUGGAUUAGCCACAUCUGAGGGUGCUUCGAGAUGAGGAACUCAAGUUCAGUUCCAGAGUGAGCUGUGCAGAGCUGGGAUCUGCAGGUCUCUGCCUUCAGGGCCACCUGCCUAGCUAUGACAUAGUCCCCAAUGUGACCUGGGCAGCCACAUCAUGCCUGCCGGGAGAGGAGGCAGAGAAACCAGCUCUGGCCACCCCCGCAGGGUGCGGAGCCACCUGCAACCCCGGUCCUCCUCCGCCUCAUCCUUCCAGGGAAAUGAGUGACUCCACUAAUCACUGCUAAUGAGUGGCUUCAUGAUACAUCAGAGUGUGGAGUUUCUCCACCAGGAGGUCAGACAGCUCUGGGGCAGAGAGGCACAUGUGUGUGGGGAAAGUCAGUCAGCAGCUGAGAUGGGCUCACCCUUCUGUGCUGGUGGAGCCCCCACUUCCACUCCCACAGCUGUCCCUUCAAGCCAUGAUCUGGGCGCUGGGGACUUGGACGUGCAACAGGCAUCUGGAAGUAGGGAAUGUAGAGAGUCACCCCAAUCCAACCCUCCCUCGGGCUUCCCAGCUCAGAAAAUGGCGUUCCCACUCGCCCAGCUCUCCAGCUGCUAGCCCGGACAGUGCCCUGUUGGUCCUUUUCCUCCCCACCCAUAUCCGUCCGUCAGCGAGUCAGGCCUGGAAGGAGUUGGUGGACCCAGGCACUUCCCUCCAUGGGCACAGGACCCCGUUCAUCUCUCCAGACAGUGCAACAGGCGGGCAGGUCCCCUGGGGCCUUCAGGUCUGUUCUCUCAGCAAUCAGAGCUGCUUGGCACAACAUGAAUCAGAUUGCGGCACUUCGUAGUUUAACUGUGUCUAGCAGGGCCCUGCACUCAGGAGAUCCUCCAACUCCUGGCCUCCUCCCUCGGGGCUUGGCGGCGUCAGCCCCUGCUGACCGCUCUGCCUCCUGAUGAUCCCUCUGCCCAGCUCACUCUCAUCUAGCCACCGGCGUCAGCCCCUGCUGACCGCUCUGCCUCCCGAUGAUCCCUCUGCCCAGCUCACUCUCAUCAGCCUUCGCACACGCGGCCCCAUCUAUCCCGGUUCAGAGCUGACAGGUCUCUUCGGGGCUUGGUUUAAGUGACACGCUCCCUGUUAUACUUUUACUCACCCUGCAGGGAAAUGUAAGGAAGACAGGAAACGAGCAACUGAAAUGAUUGUAUAUUCUUUCAACCAGAAGCUGGAGCCGCCAGGGAUGACCCCAUCCUAUAGGGUACUCACCUUGCUUCAGCGGCGUGUAGAGGCAGAAGCUCAUUGGCAGAAAACUGAUAGUGAUGUAAAUAACCCUAGAAAUGCUGCCCUGGGUAUCAAGAGCUCUGAUAGCUCUGCAGCCACUGGCGAAUUCACUUCCGCAUUCUUUAUCUGACUACAAGUGUACGGUGAAUACGUUGAAAUAUCUUUUUUUCUUUUUUUUUUUUUUGUCUUGCUCUGUCACCCAGGCUGGGGUGCAGUGGCUCAAUCUCAGCUCACUGCAACCUCUGCCUCCUGUUAGAGCCGAACUGAGCAUCCAUGUGGGGUGAUGAAGAGCCACUCCCCCCAAGUCCCCUGCUGCCCCUUACUGCCCAGCUGCUCGUUUCUCCACUAGACUUUCCCCCAAAAUCUGGCACUUAAAGAGUGAAUGUCUGUGUUCACACGGGGCCUUCGGCGUCUCCAGCAAGACUGUUCUGAUUUUUCCAUGCCUGUAAAGAGCCGGUUGUUAAAUAUGCGGGUCAGUGCAGGACCGACCUGAACAAGACCCAGGCUCCCUGCGCUGGGAUAGUGGUUAAGGUCAUCCUCAUUUCUCUUGCUUUCUCCCACCCUGAUUAACCCUGAGUCCUUACAGACUUGCUACCUGUGGGUCCAUGAUGUCUCUCAGGGUCUGUUGUCCCAGAUCCACAGUUUGCAGCACUGAAGCCACCCAGGAUCAGCUGGGCCUCAGUUCCAAAAACUGUUUGCUACUGGCUGGGGGUGGCGGCUUAUGCCUGUAAUCCCAGCACUUUCGGAGGCCAAGGCGGGUGGAUCACAAGGUCAAGAGAUUGAGACCAUACUGGCCAACAUGGUGUAACCCCGUCUCUACCAAAAAUACAAAAAUUAGCUGGGCGUGGUGGUAUGCACCUGUAGUCCCAGCUACUCAGGAGGCUAAGGCAGGAGAAUCGCUUGAACCUGGGAGGCGGAGGAUGCAGUGAGUGGAGAUCAUGCCACUGCACUCCAGCCUGGUGACAAGAGUGAGACUCCCAUCUCAAAAAUAAAUAAAUAAACAGCUGGGCGCGGUGGCUCACACCUGUAAUCCCAGCACUUUGGGAGGCCAAGGUGGGCAGAUCACAAGGCCAAGAGAUCAAGACCAUCCUGGCCAACAAGGUGAAACCCCAUCUCUACUAAAAAAUACAAAAAUUAGCUGGGCAUGGUGGUACACGCCUGUAGUCACAGCUACUGGGGAGGCUGAGGCAGGAGAAUUGCUUGAACCUGGGAGGUGGAGGUUGCAGUGAGCUGAGACUGCACCACUGCAUUCCAGGCUGGCGCCUGGCAGCAGAGCGAGACUCUGUCUCAAAAAUAAAUAAAUAAAAAUAAAUAAAUAAACAAAAACUGUUAGCUACUGUACUCAACACAUUGCCUCAGUUCACCCUUCAUAUUCUGCCCCAAGCACUGUCUUCCCUACUGUACAUAUGAGGAGAUUAGCUCAGAGAAGGAAGAGUUGGUCCCGAGUCACACGGCUCAGAAGGAGAAAGGCCAGGACUCAAAUGUCACAGGGCCACUUUAAGACCUUGAUUAGUCUGGAGCAGUCCUAGCAUUGAAGCCCCUAUCAUGUGGCUUCAAACACAUGAGCUUGCGCCUCCCUCUGCAGAGUCAAUGCGGUGAACCCAUAACCACGCGCUUUGGGUUGUACUUUCUGCUAACCUGCCCUGUGUUAGCCGGACAGACUCUAUCGUGACCUCCGCCUUACCCCUCCUGCCACUCCUCCCUUAAGUGCAUACCUGGGUCCUGCUGUACUUGGAACUAUAGAAACAUAUAACCUUUGUAACCAUAGCCUGCUUGGCAAACCCACUUGCCAUUGUGAAUGCCCCCCCCUUUGAUUGUUUAUAUGACAAGUAUCGAAUACCCCUCUUGGUAACUGGCAAUCAUGGGAACCGCCUGUGUGUACCCUCUUUAAAAAAUCAACAAUCAUGAGAACCUCCUGCCUCCUAGUUACCAACCUCCUUACCUAACUUGCUUGUUCUGCUUCUGUCAACUCUGCUCCAGCUAGGCGCCCCCUCCCCUACCUAAAUCAAGGUAUAAAAGAUAAUCCAGCCCCUUCCUCAGGGCAGAGAGAAUUUUGAGUAUGAGCCAUCUCUCGGGUGCCGGCUGAAAAUAAAGGACUCGUCAUUUGAAACUCA